GAGAAAGACGUCCACAAAGUUAAAGUUAUUUUGAUAAUAAACACAAUGUCCCUUCAGUCUUGUGUGGAACUGAGAACUGGGUUUUUAAACCAACAGGUUAUUUAGAGACCAAACAUUUGUGAUUGUGACAACAGCUGUAGAGCUUCAUACAGCAUGUCAGUUCUUUGUGUGUGUGUGUGUGUGUGUGUGUGUGUAGACUUUGUUCUCUGCAGGAGAGAAGAAGUUUGGGACCGAUGAAGAACAGUUCAUCACCAUCCUGGGGAACAGGAGCACUGAACACCUGAGGAGAGUGUUUGCUGCGUACAUGAAGCUGGCAGGGUAUGAGAUGGAAGAGAGUAUUCAGAGAGAGACUUCUGGAGGACUGAGAGACCUGCUACUGGCCGUGGUAAAGUGUGCUCGGAGCGUCCCAGCCUACUUUGCAGAGACUCUGUACUAUUCGAUGUCGGGUGCAGGAACUGACGACCAGACCUUAAUCAGAGUGAUGGUGAGCCGUAGUGAGGUGGACAUGUUGGAUAUCAGAGCUGAUUACAGACGCCUCUACACCAAGUCUCUGCACUCCGCUAUACAGGGUGAUACCUCUGGUGACUACCGUAAGGCCCUCCUCCUGCUCUGUGGCGGCAAUGACGCGUAACCGUGGCGAUGAUCCCUGAAGGAGCGAUACCCAGAGAGAACCUCCGCUCUGACUGGCCCCUCUAGCUGUCAAUCACUCUCUGAGUCCUGUGUAACCCAAUAGGAGAGCUCUGCUGGCCACGGUGCAGCACUGUGAUAGGUUAUGAUGGGUUUAAUCCUGUGUGUAUCUGUAGCUAACAUCCUGAAAUAUUUACUCUGCUUCAUAUCUACAUCACUAAAGUCAUAAUAAUGCUGACAGUCAUGUUUUA